UAACACUGCUUCAUUUCUUAGUAAACAAAUAUGAAGAGUGCUGGAAGUAUGGGAAUCAACUAUAUGCAGAAAUUGCUAACGUCAAAUGUUCCAAAAGAAGUAGUCAAAAGAGGACAGGAUCGUGUUGUAGAGGCAUCUCUUACACUUAUUCGUGAAAGAGCAAAACUUAAGGGAGAGCUUGUUCGUGGACUUGGAGGUGCAGUAGCGUCAACGUCACUUCUUGGAAUUCCUCUGGGACACAACUCUUCAUUUCUCCAGGGCCCUGCAUUUGCUCCUCCUCUUAUACGAGAGGCUAUUUGGUGUGGCAGUACAAACUCCACAACUGAGGAAGGAAAAAUAUUAGAUGAUCAACGUGUCUUAACUGAUGUUGGUGAUCUGCCAGUACAAGAGUUACGAGACACAGGCAUAGAUGACGAUAGGUUGAUGAGUACAGUAAGUGAAUCUGUCAAGCUAGUUAUGGACGAGAAUCCAUUGCGCCCCUUGGUGUUAGGGGGUGAUCACUCUAUAUCCUAUCCUGUUGUAAGAGCUGUGUCUGAAAAGCUUGGAGGACCUGUUGAUAUCCUUCACCUUGAUGCUCAUCCUGACAUUUAUGAUGCAUUUGAAGGAAACAAAUACUCACAUGCAUCAAGCUUUGCACGAAUAAUGGAGGGUGGUUAUGCUCGACGCCUUUUGCAAGUUGGAAUUAGAUCAAUUAAUCUAGAAGGUCGAGAACAAGGAAAAAGGUUUGGUGUGGAGCAAUAUGAAAUGCGAACAUUUUCCAGAGACAGACAAUUUUUGGAGAAUCUGAAACUUGGUGAAGGUGUAAAGGGCGUGUAUAUAUCCGUGGAUGUUGACUGUUUGGAUCCAGCAUUUGCUCCUGGAGUAUCUCAUUUUGAGUCAGGCGGUCUCUCGUUCCGCGAUGUUCUAAACAUACUGCAUAACCUUCAAGGUGAUAUCGUUGGUGCUGAUGUCGUUGAGUACAACCCACAGCGUGAUACUGCUGAUGGCAUGACUGCAAUGGUUGCUGCGAAGCUGGUAAGAGAACUUGCUGCCAAGAUGUCCAAGUGACCUGCAGUAAUUUUCAAUUUUAACAAGCAAGAAGUACCAUGUAUCCUAUUAGUGUACUCAUCUUUAUGCGAAAAUAAGUGUUUAUUCACAUUAGGUAGGUCUGGCAGAUGCUCAGUUUCCUAUGGCAAGGGGGAUUGGGAUUAUCUGUAAACUUGCCUCCCAAAAUAAGCUAGUAUAUUUGCAGUUCCUUAUGAGUAACCUGUUGUUGUAAGUGACACUUGUAUCAUUUGGUAUGGAGUUUGUUGUGUAUGGAUGUUUUGAAUCUU